UGCAGCGAGCCUGCUGCCUGCGUCUGAGCUCUGGUCGCGGAGCGAGCACCGCGCCGUCCGGCUGGAAACACUAAACAACUGACAAGGUUUUCCUAAAAUAGAUGAACCGACGGAUCCUGCGCGUGCGUUGUGUCCGGGUGCACAUUUCGGAGCGGCAGAAAAAGCGCUUUCUUCAUAUAUUUUUGGAGCAUGGGCGUCGUUUCCCGUCCGUGUGCGUCCAGAGGAAAGAUACCGCUUCCAUAAUAAUAAAGGGGGGGGGGGGGCUCCAUGCAGACUCAGGGAACAAGUCCACUGCCUGCGUGAGUCCCGUUUCACUACCGGGGAUUUUUAAUCCACCGAUUAUUGCAAAGUCACCCGGGAUGUGGACGAGCAUCCGGAGCUCAGUGGUCCGUGGGCUCACGCGCAGUGACUCUCUCCUCCGGGGCUGAGGAGGGGCCAGCCGGUCGGGUCAGGCUCGGCUGCUGGGGGGCUACAUGAGAGGAGGGGGGUCCUGCUUAUGGAUCACACACAAUGUGCAGACGGAUCGUGGAUCAAGCCGACCCCUUUCACUACCCACUGCAAGUUCCCUAAAGAUGGCCGGCUUUAGGUCACCGACUUCCACAUGUCCCGCCUCCCUUUAGGGGAGAGAGAGAGAGAGAGACAUUGACCUCCAACUGGGGCCACCGACAUGGAUAAACUCACCGUGAUAUCUGGAUGCCUCUUCCUCACUGCAGACAUCUUUGCCAUCGCCAGCAUCGUGAACCCGGACUGGAUCAGCACCGGGGAGUCGGCCGGCUCUCUGACCGUGGGUCUGGUCCGGCAGUGCCAGACCAUCCACGGCCGAGACCGGACCUGCAUCCCGCCGCAGCUUCCCCCGGAGUGGAUCACCACGCUCUUCUUCAUCGUCCUGGGCAUCAUCGCCCUCACCGUCACCUGCGGCCUGCUGGUGAUGUCCCGCUGGCGCCGCGAGGCCGCCCGCUACGCCCGCUGGAUCGCCUUCGCAGGAAUGGUCCUGUUCUGCAUGGCCGCCCUCAUCUUCCCCAUCGGCUUCUACAUCAAAGAGGUCGGUGGGCAGCCGUACAAGCUGCCCAACAACACGGUGGUGGGCUCCUCCUACGUGCUCUUCGUCCUGUCCAUAUUCUUCACCAUCGUCGGACUGCUGUUUGCCGGAAAGGUCUGCCUGCCCGGCUGACUCCUCCCCUUUUGUUUUUUUGGGAGAAACGCCACAAUUGGAGGCGAGUGACUCUUCCGCGGCCCGGCGGCGUUGGACGUAUAACUGGUCGGAAAAUGGCCUCCAUCAUGAACUAUGACCGUGAAGUGGUAACAGAACGGAGAGAAUAGUAAAAAAGUCUAUAUAUACACACAUGUAACCUGAUGGAAAUGGAUUCAAACGUCCGGACUUUCAAGCGAGCCGCCAUCCUGAGGCGUAAUGAAGGGUUGGAUGCACACGGACUCCCGGUUACCACGGUGACGGAGGCUCUUCCCGACCACGACGUGGAACACACACAACGCAGUUCUACUUCUGGAGGGGCAAAAAAAAAUUCUUAUUUAUUUGUUUUAAAUGUUCAGUCGUAAUAAAAAGGCCCAACGUGGAUCACUUUGCCUUAAAAGAGCUGUUAACCUAAAAAACAACAACAACAACGAUGCAGGUUGAGUUAGUGGCUCUUGGGUCAACUCUAAAAGUCUGGAUGGAAGAAAGGAUGCAUAGAAAUAUUAGAACUGGAACAUACAGCGCGAUCAUGGUGACGGGAGUGAGUCCGUUUAUGGAUCAGCGGAUCAAGAAAUGAACGAUUCACGACUAUGUUUUUGAAAAAUAUUGUUGAAUCUGACUUCAUUUCUCGCAGCCGGCCGGUCUGCGGCGUCUUCUGGAAACACUGUGAUGCUCUGGAAGAUCUCAUCUCAUUAAAAUGACUCAUCAGGAAAUGCU